AUGCAGCCCAAGUUGAAGAAAGACGACCGCGUGAAGGCUCGCAAAAUGAUCGGCUCGGUGUCGGCCGCGCUCCAGAUGGCCAAAAGAAAGGGCUCCACGCCGCCAGAUCAGUGUGCCAUCACCGGCCACAAGAAGGUGUUCGAUUACCAAAAGACCGAAGAAGACAGGCACAUGAUUUCAAAAGGCUUGAAGAACAACAAGAUCCUCUCCGAGGUCGUCGGCCUCACAGAGGAGCAGUGCGACCAGGUCGUGAAUGGGACCCACCUGAUCGAGGUUCCGAGUGGAACCAAUGUCUUCAAGAAAGGAGAUCUGGGUACCGCACUUUUCGUUGUACAGGAAGGCUUGCUCAAGGUAGAUUUGGUGACUUUUGAAGUGGUGCUGCGCAUUGGUGAUACGUUUGGAGAGCUGGCCCUGCUCUACGACGAGCCUCGCACGGCAACAGUGGAAGCCACACGCGACUGCAGGCUUUGGGUGCUGCCGCGCACCACGUUCAAGGAAAUCUUGCAGAGCACGGCCGUGUUGAAGGCUAAGGAGCAUAGCAUGAUGCUCCAUCAGGUGCCGAUCAUCCGAGACCAGGUGGACCUGGCACUCUUGUCGGUCCUCGCAGGUGCCCUCGAGGAGACGGUCCUGGAGAAGGAGGAUUUCCUCUGCGUGCGGGGUGAGGAUGAGGGCAUUCUCUUUCUGAUCACAAGCGGCUUUUGUUCAGUCACCGACGCCGACCCAGAAGACGAGGGGAAGAAAGGCCUGAUGAAGGGUGACUGGAUUGGGGAGAAGCAGCUGAGUGAGAAUGUUCCAGCAACCAGGACCGUUGUGGUACAGUCAGAGAAGGCGACCGUCUUGUCUUUGGACUCUUACCACUUUGAGCUGGACCCACACUCAGCUUCUGCAUUGAAGAUACUUAUCUGCUACUGCUGCUUUACUCGGACUCGUGUGACUGACCGGCUGAAGCCUCUCAGUAUACGUAACUCAGACGAUGCAAGGUGGAUGGAAACCAACCGGUAG